GGGGCUAGAGCUAGAAAUUACUUGAUAUGAUGAUGAGAAAAAUAACACGGCCCCGCCCCUGUCGACCACGCCCACCACCAGCUCAGGCCACGCCUACCCAGCCUUUCCCUCCUCUCGCCCUCCAGCCCCGCCCCCUGAGCUCCGCUGGCUGAGUCUGUGUCGAGCUGUUUUGCGCCCCCGGGAGCUAGAACCCCAGCACUUUACACAGCUGGCUCUUGCCAUUGUUUCCCCUGGAUUCCUGCCUCUCCGGCUGCCUCUACUAGACUCUGAACUCAGGAUCACUGUGUCAGAAUAGAGAAGGAAUCCCAGAGGCUGCCUAGUCUAACCCAUCGCUGAGCCAAGGAACUCUCAUCUACAUCAUAUCCAACAAGUGGUAAACUAUGUCAGCGGAGCCUCCCCAACCACCGAAGCCCCCCACCCAUCCAGCCUCUCUCCGUCUACCUGAUGGUCCCCGGGAAAGGGACCGUUCACCAUCUCCCAUGAGAGGGUACCUCAUCCCCAGCCCCUUGCCAACCCGGCGGACUAGGACCUUUUCAGCGACUGUGCGGGCAGCUGAGGGACCUGUCUAUAAGGGUGUCUGUAAAUGCUUUUGUCGCUCCAAGGGGCACGGCUUCAUUACACCAGCUGAUGGUGGACCAGACAUCUUCCUUCAUAUCUCUGAUGUUGAAGGAGAAUAUGUACCUAUGGAAGGAGAUGAAGUCACCUACAAGAUGUGUUCAAUUCCGCCAAAGAACGAAAAGCAUCAGGCUGUGGAAGUUGUUAUCACUCACCUGGCACCAGGCACCAAACAUGAGACCUGGUCGGGACAUGUUAUCAGUUCCUAGGCAGCCUCCUGGUACCCCUGCUUCCUCUCUUCUCCCCAGCUUGGCUCUCUUGAAGGACACUGUUCUGGGAGGGGAGGUGGGGCAAGUUUUGGGGACAGAUAGAUGAGUUAUGAGUAAAUUUCGGCCAAAGGGUGGGAAGGGAGUGGGAACUCAAGGGUCAAAUUGUUAGAUGUGACUUAUCUCCUGAAGAAAGGAGUGGAGGACCAGGGGCAAGGGAACAGGGGUGAGGGAAAAGUCUUGAUUCCUUACCACCUCAAAUGUAUUAAUUUUUUUAAAAAGAAGAGGCUCAGUAGCUGAGUGGAGGAUUAAACUUUGAGCCCAAAGAGAUGUAGAAAGGGCAACUUGGGAUGUGUUAUUUUCCUAACAUUCUGGCUGGGCAACUGUUAGCCCCAGUCUCCACAUAGACUGACCUUCUCCCUGUACCUGUGUAUGCUGGUACUUUAUAUCACCAAGUUAGGCCUCUGGGACAGAGGCACAAUAAGAACCAUGGUAGGCAGUUUGGAUUUUCUUCCCUCAUGUCCCAGUCCUAUAAUGACUCAGCUUGUCACCUCUUAAUGUCCUUUGCUAUUCUUAGAUGUAGCCUCUGCCUUAGCCUUCAGCCAGAAUUACUGAUUAAUUAGAAUGGGGCUGACCUGAGGAUGAUGGAGACUUGGGAGAAGCAGUUGAGUUCAGGGAAUGAAUCUCUGGAUUCUUAAGAAUUUGUUUCAGUGCCUUUUUUGAAGGGGUAUAAUUUCUCUGGGUGGGUGGGAAGCAGGAAGGCCCAACCAUUGGCCAGAGAAGAGGGAUUGAUGGGAGAUCAGGCAGCCCAGCCCUUAUGUGAAUCCCCGGAUCCCGUUUGGAUGCUCAUUCCAGUUUUAGCUGUGCUGAGCUGUGAGACAGAAUCCCUCAUUCUCCUGUAAAGUUUUAAACAAGUACGAGAACUUCCCUGCUUCCUAGCAAAGCCCGUGGGCUUUGACGCUGAGGUGGCAAGUUUGGAUCCACAUCUCUGGUUUGGCUGUUUUGUGCUGUUUGAACCAUUAUACUGUGAAAGGUGGAACAAUGAGAAGCUCCUCUUUAGAAAACAAAAUCAUUUCUUAAAGGUUUGUGCUGAAACACUGACUAAGGAGGGUAGUAACUUGCUUUCUGACAACCUGGUUAAAGUGAACAUUUUAAACACAUUUUGGAUGGUGUCUUAUUUUAAAUGUGAUAUAUUAAAUGUUUAGUAAUUUUUUUAGUGACUAAGGUUUCUGCCUUAAACCAGAUUCAACUGCAUGUAUGUGCUUGUUUUGCUACAAGAUUGCGAGUCUUGUAAAUAUAUACUUUUUUUUAGGCAAAUCAGGCUUUUGGAUUUUCUUUGUAAUUGUUUUUCUGCAUUUUCAGUGGUUGCUAUUUAAAAGGAAAAAUGUCUGCUAUAUCCUAAACUUUGUGGUUUUUAGAAAAUGAUAACAAAAAUCAUUUGAAAUGAUUACUUGCUGAUGAUUUAAACUGAAGUUCAAGAAUUAAUUGCUUAUUAACUUUUGUUGAAAAUGGCUUAAGUAAAGUUUCUUAACUUUU